ACAAGGGGCAGGAGGUUUCCCUUCUCCAUGGAAACCCUGCUUCCACCAAACGUAUCCCAUCGUGCACGUACCAAGGCACUUCUCCUGUUCUGGGAAGGGGCACAGAGGUUCACCUCUCUGCCUGUGGGCUGCUGGUGGUGAGGUGCUGUCAUCUCAUCUCUGCCAGGUCCUGCCAAGCUUCAUGUCCUGAGCUGUCUGGCUCCAUAGGACCCACGCCAAGUCUCUAGAUCCCUUGCCCCUUGGGGCAGUGUGGAGGAGAAGAUCUGGUAUGCCAGCUGUUGACGGAAUGACUUCUUCUGGUCCAGGUUCCUGGUUCACCACAGAGGAUGCAAUGAGGAAACCAGUGCAUUCGAAGCCACCUGUGUCACUGGGUAUGUACACGAGCAUGUACAAGAAGGAGUACAAAUGGCCUGAGGAAAGCAAACCACCCACUGAGGAGGACGUGAAGAAGCUCAGAGCCAAGGAGUUUGCCGUGCCCCAGGAGCCACAGGCAAUGCCAUACUAUGACAAAGCUCUCAGGGAAGGCAGAGAAGUCAAGCAAAUUGAGAAGCAAGAAGGCAUUACCCUCAGUCCCAGUGUGCUGCAGCAGGCUCAUGAAGAGCAGAGAAAGCACUUUGGUUCAGACCUCCCGCUAGCAGAAGGCCAUGCACCAAAGCCGUACCUCACCACUGAACUGACAGCAACCCAGGCGGACAGACCAGAGAGGCCACAGGCUCCCAGUGGGCUGGAAAAGGGACUAUCUUCUUCCCAGCACCUUCAAGCCGUUGGUGGUGGCCCAGGAGCAACAGGGAUGUUGCUAUAUAGGCAGAAGCUGGAUCCCACCUGGGGUACCUACCAGCACUUCAUGCUGGAGGCAGGCCAGGCCCUGCAAGAUGAGGCUCAGCAGAACAAGAAUGUGGCCCUGGCCUCGUCAGUUUUGGUGAAAGAGUACUUUGACCAUGACCAGAGAAGUACCUACAGCACCGACUUCCAGCACCAGCCUGCAGCCUACACUGGGAGCUGUAUAGCAAAUAAGAAUCUAUCUCACAUUUUCACUGAAGCUGAACGCUUCCACCAGAACCGCUGGGUGUCUGAAUACAAGGACAACUACAGCAUUUCCUUGCAGAAGCUGAAUUGGGCAUCUCAAGGCUGCACUGCAGAGCUUGGCUCUGCCUUGAAGCCCCAGGGGUUGUCCUCCCAGAGUGAGGUUGCACCAGGCACAGCCCAAUGAGCGCUGCUCCACGUUUCAUCCCCAGAAAGGAGAGGAAAAAGUGCCUGAAUGUGAGCUCCAGCUUCCUGGGGAGAAGCAGAAACCAGAGGCUGGAGAUGACAGUCACCCACUAAGCCACUUGAGCUCUGCACAGCAGACACCAUCCUACAUUGCAGAGAUGGCUCUUCUGGGACAACCAGUCCUGAGUCACCUCCUCAUAAAGCUGCUCCCAGGUUCACAUUUUCCAUAGUUACUUCACAUCCUAUA